CCAGAUCUCGCUAUAAAGCGACAGCCACACGCACCGCGCAAAACCCUCCCGGCUCAGGCUCGUCCGUCGCAGCGCCGCCGCCGCUCGUCGCCUCCAUCUAGGGCAUCUCCCCUUCCUCUCCACCGCCGCCGAGCUCAAGCAAGCCCUGCAAGAUGGUGCUCCAGAACGACAUCGACCUGCUCAACCCCCCGGCGGAGCUCGAGAAGCUCAAGCACAAGAAGAAGCGCCUCGUCCAGUCCCCCAACUCUUUCUUCAUGGACGUCAAGUGCCAGGGAUGCUUCAGCAUAACCACUGUUUUCAGCCACUCCCAGACUGUUGUGGUGUGCCCAGGCUGCCAAACUGUCCUCUGCCAGCCCACUGGAGGAAAGGCCAGGCUCACGGAGGGCUGCUCCUUCCGCAAGAAGGGAGACUAGAUUAUAGUCUGGAAGAUGAUGUUUGUACUGAGCUGGUGUUUCACUUUCGAGUAUGUAGUCUUCAAAUUUUGCGCUAUGUGAAGUGUUAGGGUCCUGAACUGCUGCUUAGCUAAAAGGCUUUCAAUAUCUAUUCCAGUGCUAUGUAUCGGAUGCUACUACUCAAUAUUCUGUUCGCCACCUGCUUUGUCUAAUUAGCUGGGGUUGUUUUGGAUUGUGAUAAACAAGUGGUGAAAUUGUUGAAUUAUACUCUGGGUUUUGGCUUA